GCAUGCGAGCAAUACCGACUAAACAGUGUCCAUUCUCCUUUCUGGGCGGACUGGCCACUUGCUGAUCCUUCAGUCUUUUUGACACCCAAACCUUUGCAUCACUGGCACAAGGAGUUUUAUGAUCAUGACCUCCAAUGGUGCCUUACAGUUGUUGGAGCGCAGGAAAUUAGAUUUUCGCAU